AUGUCCAGCAACAGUACAUCCUACCUCCCGACGAGCGUCACGACGACUCUCCAAUCCCUCGAAGACAGCAUUACGCUCUUCCUAACGCAACUCUUCGAGAACCUCCCACCCUUCGUGCAAACCUACCUACUCGCAAUCUCGUCCUCACCGUACCUAACGCGCACAAACCUGCAAUACUCCCUGCGUUUAAUCGUCAUCAUCUCGACAUACCUGCUGUUCCGGCCACACCUGGAAGCGCUGUUCCGGCGGGCGACGGGGACGCCGGACGCGCGGCGCGAGGAGCUGCAGAACCGGUUGAAGUUCCUGCAAGAUCUCAAGGAGGGGAAAGUGAAGCCGCAGGGCGGCGUCGAGGUCGUGGAUGGAAAGGUUGUCUUGAGGCCGAAUCCAGUGAAGCGGGAUGCGGAGGGAGCGAAGGCGAAGGGCAGGGGACAGGGGAAGGUUGUUAAGCUGGUUGUUCCUGGCGAUGAGGUCGAUGUGGGGGUACAGGAUGCUGCUCAGAGUGACAGCAUGGCUACGCCAAAUACUAGGGCAUCGACGAGACGAAGGAAGGCUUGA